AAAAGAAAGAAAAAUCCAAUAGAAAUGGUUGCUUUCUUUCUCUGUCCUCUCGUAUAGGAGUUGAGCUGAGAUAAAAAAAUUACAAUUUUUUUUGACAGAGGAAGAAGAAAGAAGAAGAAGAGAGAAAGAUGAAUUAAAAUAAAAAAAAAAAGGAAAGAAAUUAUACAAAAACGCGGCUGCUGUUCACACCAAAAAACCGGGGGAGAGAGAGGGUGGGGGUGUUUUUUUUUUUUUUUUUUGCUUGGCAAUUCCAGCUAAAGAAUCGAAAUCUACAAUUAAUGAAUUUUGAGUUAACUCAAUAGAGAUCGAACCUUGCUUGUGUUAGAGAUCGGUGAUUUUGAUUUGUUUCUAAGAAGAGCAAUUUCUUCUUGUUUGUUUGUUUUUUUUUUCUUUCUUUCUUUCUGUCUUCCCAGAAUUUCAACUGGGUUUCUUUUAAAUUGUCCGAUUUCGGCGUGGCUUCGAUUUUAAUUCCGUGAUCGGGUGAGAUUGCAAGUGUUUUUAGGGGAAAUUGUAAUUGGGUUUUUGUGGGUUUUUGGUUCUGUGAGAUGGGUUGGGUAAAGAUUUGUGUUUGGAUGUUGGUGAGGACAGCGGAGGUUUGGUUUUGAGGUAGCUGCAAAAGGGAUGCGAGGAAGGAAAUAGAGGUAAACGGUGCCAGGAGAGAGAUGGAAGAUACUGAGCUUGAAGAAGGAGAAGCUUGGUCCUACCAGAACAAUGAAGAUUUUGAUUCAAACAUCGACCCUGAUAUUGCUCUCUCCUACAUCGAUGUAAAACUUCAACAUGUUCUGGGACACUUUCAGAAAGAUUUUGAAGGUGGGGUCUCUGCAGAAAAUUUGGGGGCAAAAUUUGGUGGAUAUGGUUCAUUUUUACCUUCCUAUCAACGAUCUCCGGUUUGGUCCCAUUCAAGAACUCCACCAAAAGGCCACAAUUGCAGUACAUCCAGAUCUCCCAAUAAUUUUCACCUUGAGGUUGGGCAUAAUAACUCUGUAGUUUCGUCAACUACACCUCAGUCCAUAAGACCUGGACCCCCUUCUACCAGUUCUACGUCACUGCCCACAAUCAAAGUUCCAAAUCUGAAUGAUUCAUCCAAACAAGAAGUAUGCACUUCUUUCCAGCAUGUGGAUGAACUUGCUGCUGGAUAUGGUUGCACGAACAAUAAAUCCACUACUUCUUCAGACCAAAUAUCACUGAAGGUUCGAAUUAAAAUGGGUUCUGAUAACCUGUCAACGAGAAAGAACGACGAAAUCUAUUGUGGUCUUGGCCUGGAUGUUUCACCAUCUUCAUCAUUAGAUGAUAGCCCCUCAGAAAGUGAAGGGAUCUCUCGUGAGCUUCAGGAUGGCCCAUUUGAAUCCCCAACCAGCAUUCUUCAGAUGAUGACGUCAUUUCCAGUUCAUGGAGGUUUCUUGCUAUCCCCUCUUCCUGAUGAUCUUAUUCACCUGACUCAGACAGGGAAGCCUGCAAGAGAGAAAAAAUCUACUCGUGUCCAACAUUACAAUCAGGAUCGCCCAGUAGCGGGGGGGUCUUCUUUGAAAAGUGGUCAAAUGUUAGCUGAGAAGAGGACGUCAAAAGAUAUGAAUGACUUCUUUUCCGAAUCAAAGAACACGAAUAGGAAGGAUUUUUUGAAUGGCUCAGUUACGUCAAAAAAGACUUCAGAAAUUGAUACUGCAGCUUGUGAGGAGCUUGUUUCCAAAGCAUUAAAACUUCCACUAUUAUCCAAUUCGUAUGCCAUUGCAGGUGAGACGACAAAAAGUCUUAAUGGGCCAUCUGAAGUAUUAAUGGAGGCAGAUAAAGUUGUGACUAGAGACAGACAUUUUUUCGAUCAAUUGGAAGAGGGUCCAGCAGCAGAGCCUCCACUUAUUAUAGAGGAUGAGAAGCAAAAUAAUGGCACGUCUGGAAAGGUUAAGGAGCCAAAAAAAGCCAGUAAGUUUGAUGAUAUUUCAGUUCCUGCAAAAAAGUCUGGAGAAAGCAAGAGGGAGAAAACUAUUGACUUGAUAGACGCUGCCUCAAAAGGAAAAAAUGCUUCAAACGGCGAUCAAAUUGAUCCUCUCAAGCUGAAUACUAAUCAUAAAAUUUCUCUACAUGCACAUAACAACAUGAAAUAUGCUUCAGGGAAGGAUCAUUUAUUACCUGAGGGAAAAAAGAAGUCAAAGUUCAGUCAUACUGAGUCCAUCUCCAAUGGAGAAGUAUCAAAACGUAGUAUGAAGUCUGGCUCUUCAGGUUCAAAAACAAAGAGUAUUAGUAAAGCAGACAACAUCUCAACUAGAACUGAAAUUGAAGAUCACAAGCCACAGGACUUCAAAAAAACGAAAGAUAGAUACCGAGAUUUCUUUGGGGAAUUGGAAGAAGAUGAUAAUCUAAUAGAUACAUCUGAGAAUCCUUUUGAUGAUCAGCUGAAUCAUUCUGAUGUAUUUGGAAAAUCAACGCCUGUUAUUCCUGUGUCAAAGGAGAGAUUGUCUGUUGAGAAAGUUGGUAAGUCAUCGGCAUCAAAAGCAUUUCCAGAAGCAGUUAUGAAUCAUGCCAGCGGGACAGUAGCUGAUGCGGCACCUGCUGCAGUGGAUAAUGUAAAUGGACAAGACAACUGGGUUUGUUGCGACAGGUGUCAACAAUGGCGGCUUCUUCCAUUAGGCACAAAUCCUGCCAGCCUACCUGAGAAGUGGAUUUGCAGCAUGCUUGAUUGGCUGCCUGGAAUGAACCAAUGUAUUUUUAGUGAGGAGGAAACAACAAAAGCUCUAAUAGCAAGGUUCCAAGCACCUGCUGCUCCUGAGGGUACUAUUUACAGUAACCUGAGUGGAGUUAUGCCAGGAGUGGCUAAUGCUCGGCAAGCUGAGCACAAUCACCAUCAUUACGAUUUUAGUGUUCGGCCUGGUGGUGGAAAGAAGAAGCAUGGAGCAAAUGAAAGACCAAGUAUUAAGGGGGAUGCCCUUCAGCUAUCAAACUCAAAGAAGCAUGAAGGAGCAAUGAAAAGCAGGAGUUUAGACGAUGUGAACCAGUUGCCUGUUGGAGAUGAAGCUAAUUUUCAUCAUUUAAACAAGUACAGCGAUGUCCCUGUUGAUAAGCACAAGCAUAAGUAUAAAGAGAAGCAGGAAUCUGUUGACAUCCUAUCUGAUGAAGGUGCUACCAAGAUUUUAAAGACUAAAAAUAGAAAAGAGAAAGAACAAGAUUACUCUAGACCUGCAAAGAAAGUCAGAACUGAUGGUCUGGAUUUGAUUGAUGAAGACCAGAUAUCAGUGCACAGUGGGCCUGUUGUGAAGGUUGACCCAACCUUGAGCAUUGGCUUUCCUUCUGCAUCAGGUGGAACUAAUAAGUCUAAAAGCAUGGACCAUUCUUCUAAGGACUCAAAAUAUAACAUGAAUGUCAUUCCCCGUGUACCCAAUGAUAAAAGAGAAAAUAAACAGCUGGGUGUUGUGGACGAUGAUUCCCUGGGAGGAGGAAGUGGUAGUACCAAAAGCAAUUCAAAGAAGAGAAAAGUGAAAGCAUCCCCAGAUAUUCAAAUUAAUCCUGGGUCCUUCAAUGGUUCUGAUCAUCUCCCGCAAAAGAGUGGUCGUGUUACGAGUGACGAUGACCAUAGGAAGGAGAAAAAAGCCAAGCUAUCUAAGCCUCCGGGUAAAGAAUCCAGUGGUAGAAAAGAGAAAAAGGGUUCUCAUUCUAAGAAUUUGCCAUUUGGACAAGAUGUAGGGAGCACUCUAUCUCAUCGGAGUUUGGACGGCGUUGAUUCUUUGAAAAGGGAUCUAGGAGCGAUACAACCUUCUCUUGUAGCCACUUCAAGUUCUUCUAAGAUAUCUGGUUCGCAUAAAACCAAAUCUAGUUUCCAAGAGAUGAAAGGGUCGCCUGUAGAAUCUGUUUCUUCAUCACCUAUGAGAAUACCUAACCGUGAUAAGAUUUUACGGUCAUCUAGGGAUGGCAAGGAUUUUCUUGAUACUGGUCGUACAAGAUGCUCAGAUGGGGAAGAAGAGGAUGGUGGUAGCGACCGCUCUGGGACUGGUAGCAAGAAGAAGUCUGUUGUGGCUCAUCGGAGGCCUUCAAAGUCCCCCUUGGUUGAUACUUUGAACAAUGAUGCUAGUUAUUUGUCGGGAAAAAAGACUAAAACAAAGGAGAAGUCUUCUAAUGUUCAAAAUUGCGACCUUCCAAAUGGUAUUCUUGGAAAUUCAGGAAUUGAUCAUCAGCAUCCUUGUAAACCAUGGGCUGAACAAGUUCAGAAUGAAGAUAGAUCAAAUGAAAUGCGAUAUAGGGGCAAUGAGACAUAUCCCUUCAAAAGCGGAAAGGAUUUAUCUUCACAGUUGAAGGAUAGGAAUGGGAGCUAUUGUUUGGAUGUUGGCAUGGACAAGGACAAGGUUCCUUAUUCCCAUGAUGAUUUGCGAGGAAGGUCUCCUCCACACUCUGAUUUGAAGGUUAAGAAUGGUAAACACAAGUUACAAGACAACUCUAGGAUCAAAUCUGGAGAUGCAAGGAAGGAAAGUUCAGGAAAGCUGUCCAUUGAGCGGGGUAAAAGGGAAAGUGAAUUAAAUUUUGUCAAGCAUGAAGGCCCAGAUUCUACACUAGACAGCACUUCCAAAGAAAAUGUGGUUUUGUCUGUGAGGAAGAAUCAGCAACAUGAUAGCAAUGGCUCUGCUUCAAAGCGGUCCCUUUUUCAGAAAAACGAUCAACUUGAAAAAGUCUCGGGAAAAGGUACACUUGUUCAGUUUCCAACCUCAGGAGAGUUACAAAAUCAAAUGCUGCAUGGCCCCCCCUCAGCAGGAGGUGGAAAAGGAAGUGCAAUUGAUGUUUCGCAAGCAGAUGCCUUAGAAAGCAACGAUGUAUCGAAGGGGAAAAAGCAUGCCAAGAGUCGUCAAAAGGAAGUUCAGACCAAUGGUUCAAGACAUUCCACUCCCAAUGCAAGGAUGCCCAUUGAUGCUCCAAGUCCAGCUAGAAGGGAUUCCUCCAACCAGGCUGCUACCAAGGCUAUGAAAGAAGCUAAAGAUUUGAAACAUCUUGCUGAUCGUUUUAAGAAUUCUGGGUCCAAUCAUGAAUCCAUUGGGCUUUAUUUUCAAGCGGCACUUAAGUUUCUUUAUGGAGCUUCAUUGCUUGAGUCGUCCAAUAACGAGACUGCCAAACAGUCUAUUCCAAUAUACAGUAGCACUGCAAAACUAUGCGAGUUUUGUGCUCAUGAGUAUGAGAAAAUCAAAGACAUGGCUGCUGCUGCUUUGGCCUACAAAUGCAUGGAAGUAGCUUUCAUGAGGGUGGUUUAUUCUUCUCAGAACACUGCAAUCAGAGACCGGAAUGAGUUGCAGAAAGCCUUGAAAAUGCUUCCUUCCGGAGAAUCUCCAUCAUCUGCAUCUGACGUUGAUAACUUAAACAACCCUGGUACAGCAGAAAAAGUUGCUCUUGGUAAGGGUGUCAGUUCGAGCCAUGCUAAUGGGUCCAAUGUCAUUGCUGCUAACAACCGUCCCAAUUUUCUGAGGUUGCUUAAUUAUGCGCAGGAUGUAAAUUUUGCCAUGGAAGCAUCAAGAAAAUCACGGAUUGCUUUUGCAGCUGCAAAUGCAAGCUCGGGAGGGCCAACCAACAAGGAGGGUAUCUCUUGCAUCAAAACGGCUCUUGAUUUUAAUUUUCAAGAUGUAGAAGGCUUGCUGGCUUUAGUACGAAUUGCAAUGGAGGCAAUUAACCGUUGAAAAAACUGAGUGAUUAUAGAUAUGAAUUCUGACUUGGAACUCGUCUGGUUGGUAUGUUGCUUUGAGAAGCAUUGAUGAGAGAAGCAGAAGUGAUCGGCCUCAUUGCAUGAAAAACCUGUUGAUAGCAUGGUUACAGCCUUUUAGUGGAUCUCUCUAUUCAUUGUCCUGGUGCUAGGUGAAUAUAACAUUGUUAGCAGGCUUAAGGCUGCUAUGCCAUUCAUUUAGACUUAGGACUUUAACUGAGGAAAGCACAAUCCGCUACGAGACUUCUGUAUAUGGAUGUUUUGAGACGUGUGCCUGGAGUAUUUGCAAAUCGAGGUCACGAUCCUGUCAAAAUGAAUAAAAAAUACUGAAGAUCAUUGUGGGAAUUUGGAGUUACAAUCCUGAAGCUUGUAGGGACUUUCAUUAUCCACAAAGGAGUUCUGUUUGUCUGUCCUAUCGAUUCAGUUACACCUCACUGUUCAUUUCUUGAUUUGCUUGUCAUUCUCGAACUCGAGUCAUGCUAAUGUAAAGGAUGAGACAUGCAAAUAUCCAGUGUUCUCUGCAAUCCUUCUGCAAUAAGUAUUUAUGGACGAAUGCUGUUGAAGGGGGAUGAAGAAAGGUUUUGUUUCGUAUUUUUUUUUUUCCUGUUAUGUUAUGGGAUGGAAUAAAUAAAUAAAUAAUAUGACAAACUGUAAUAAUAAUGUCAAGUACAUGCGCAUAGCUCCCGGCACCAAUUUCAUUUGAGUUAAUUUACUCCAGUUUCUGUAUUCCAUGCACAAGUCAUUAAACUCAGUUUGUAUCAGUUAGACACCCAGUUCUUUUCUAGAGAAUGAGAGGAAGAGAGGAGCUUAUCAUCCAACACGAUCAGUUCAUCCAAUAAUCAUGGCUGCAAUUUCUGAUGUUGGAGGAGAUGGCUGUUCAAGUCAGCAAGCUUUCACUGCCCUUUCUUUCUGUUUAUGUAGUUAGUUAACCUAACUUCUAACCAAAUAAACACAUGAGAUAUUGAGGGUUGAAUGUAACCCCCAAACCCUCCAAAGAAAAAAGGGGGGAAAAAGGAAAAGUUUUUGUGUAUAGGUAUUUGAUUCAUUGUUGUGUCUAACAAUCAUUACGAUGAUGGUCAAUAAAAUUGUUUAUGCUUACCAAUUGUAUUCAUCCAAGUAAGCAGGGUUCAUUAUUCUUGUCAAGAACAAUGAAAAAUAAUGUUAAGCCAACUUGCAAGUUGGAAUGAGAACCUUUUUCUCCUUUC